AUGGCUUAUGCGAUGGCUUCUACCUGUCACGCUGCCACCAAAACGGCAGUCAGCAUUUCUCUCACCGUUACGUUGCCUGGAAAGAAGACUACCAUCACAGCUGUGAAUACACUUAGUCUGCCUGGUAAAAGCCAGGUCAUAAUUAUGGCUGUCCCGACCACCAACCGACUUCCGGGAGUAGGAAAGGUGUCAGCUGUGACCAUAACAGCGAUGAUUACCCUGCCAACUACAAAUACAGCCACUGCAGCUGCCAUGCCCGCAUACUCAGCUUCGACCGCUAUCGCAAAUUCCGAUUUCAGUAUCCCAGGGGCAGGGUAUUGGGCUUACCUCCAAAUUGGAGACGCUACAGUGGACAACACUGGAGGUCAUGCCAGACUUCGCAACGAUAAGAACAUCGUAAUCAACUCACGAUCUAUCUCCCAGGCUGUGAAGCUUGAUAAAUUCUACGAAGAAGGAACCUCUGUCACAGAUGUUCAAUAUACCGAUGUUCUACUUGAAAGCAUAAUCUUUACUGCGCCAAAUGGGGGCAAACCCAUCGAAGUGAUCUUGGUUAUCGAAUGUAGGUACGGUGGAGGUAAUACUGGACAACCACAGGAGGCAGACGUGACCGAUGAGUAUCUUAUGGAAAGCUUGCGUCCGUUUUGA